GAGAGCCUAGAAGAAAAUUAUGUGCAGGACAGUAAAAUGGGAUUUGUCAUCAAUGCUAUAUAUGCUAUGGCUCAUGGGCUACAAAAUAUGCAUCAUUCCCUUUGUCCUGGACAUGUUGGACUCUGUGAUGCUAUGAAGCCGAUUGAUGGUAGCAAGCUCUUGGAAUUCCUCCUCAAAUCCUCAUUCAUUGGUGUUUCUGGAGAAGAAGUUUGGUUUGAUGAAAAGGGAGAUGCCCCUGGAAGGUAUGACAUCAUGAACUUGCAGUACAUAGAGCCCAACCGCUAUGACUAUGUCCUCAUUGGGACCUGGCAUGAGGGUGUGCUCAACAUCGAUGACUAUAGGAUUCAGAUGAAUAAGAGCGGAAUGGUCCGAUCAGUGUGCAGCGAGCCUUGCUUGAAGGGCCAGAUUAAGGUGAUCAGGAAAGGAGAAGUGAGCUGCUGCUGGAUUUGUACUGCUUGCAAGGAGAAUGAAUUUGUUCAGGAUGAAUUCACAUGUAAAGCCUGUGAGCUUGGCUGGUGGCCGAAUGCUGACCUGACAGGCUGCGAACCCAUCCCUGUAAAGUACCUCCAGUGGAGCAAUAUAGAGUCUAUUGUGGCUGUGGUCUUUUCCUGCCUGGGGAUCCUGGUCACCAUGUUUGUCACCCUUAUCUUUGUGCUCUACAGAGACACCCCUGUUGUCAAGUCCUCCAGCCGGGAGCUCUGCUAUAUUAUCCUUGCUGGCAUCUUUCUGGGUUACGUCUGCCCUUUCACCCUUAUAGCUAAACCCACCACGACAUCCUGCUACCUCCAGCGCCUUUUAGUGGGCCUCUCCUCUGCCAUGUGCUAUUCUGCCCUUGUGACCAAAACCAACCGCAUUGCCCGCAUCCUGGCAGGCAGCAAAAAGAAGAUCUGCACCCGCAAGCCACGUUUCAUGAGUGCGUGGGCCCAAGUGGUCAUUGCCUCCAUUUUGAUCAGCGUGCAGCUGACACUGGUGAUCACGCUGAUCAUCCUGGAGCCCCCCAUGCCCAUCCUCUCCUACCCCAGCAUUAAGGAGGUUUACCUUAUCUGCAACACCAGCAACCUAGGUGUCGUGGCUCCUGUGGGCUACAAUGGACUCCUCAUCAUGAGCUGCACAUACUAUGCCUUCAAGACUCGCAAUGUGCCUGCCAACUUCAAUGAGGCCAAGUACAUUGCAUUUACCAUGUACACCACUUGUAUUAUCUGGCUGGCCUUUGUGCCUAUCUAUUUUGGGAGCAACUACAAGAUCAUCACUACCUGUUUUGCAGUGAGCCUGAGCGUGACAGUGGCACUGGGGUGCAUGUUCACUCCUAAGAUGUACAUCAUUAUAGCCAAGCCCGAGAGGAAUGUCCGCAGUGCCUUCACCACCUCAGAUGUGGUGCGUAUGCAUGUCGGGGAUGGCAAGGCACCUUGCAAGUCCAACACUUUCCUCAACAUAUUCCGGAGAAAGAAGCCAGGGGCUGGAAAUCCAAAUUCUAAUGGAAAGUCUGUGUCAUGGUCUGAACCAGGUGGAAGACAAGAUCCCAAAGGGGAACAUACAUGGCACAGACUCUCAGUGCAUGUGAAGAACCAGGAGACAGGGUGCAAUCAGACAGCAGUGAUCAAACCCCUCACUAAAGACUACCAUGGCCAAAGCCUGACUUUUACCGACAUCAGCAGUAAGACUCUGUGCAAUGUGGUGGAGGAAGAAGAUAGAGAGCCUGUUCUCCUCAACCAGGCCAGCAGCCCCUCCAUGAUGGUGCACAGACGGGUGGCAACCACCCCACCUCUGCAGGCCACAGCAGAGGAGACCCAGCUCUUCUUGCCUGAGCAGUCCCCCAAGACCCUGCCCCUGCAGCCACAGUCUCUCAUGGACCAGCUGCAAGGAGUGGUCAACAAGUUUGCCACUGGCACCACAGAGUUCAAUGCCGCCCUCCCCACUCCCGGCUCAGGGAACGGUGUGCGGCCCCCGUACCAGCCCCCGCCACCGCAGCAGUCACCCCUGCAGCCUUUCCAGGUGGCUGCCUUCAGCGAGGAGACCCUCUCUCCCCCAGCUGAUGAAGCGGAGAGUGAGAAGGUAAAGCUCAUUCAGGGAUAUGUGUAUGAGAAAAACACAGAGGAGGAGGAGGACGAGGAGCCGGUGACCAGCAAACUGACUCUGGAAGACUCUCCGGCACUGACGCCCCCAUCUCCUUUCCGUGAUUCAGUGGUUUCAGGCAGCUCAGUGCCCAGCUCCCCUGUCUCGGAGUCGGUGCUCUGCACACCCCCAGAUGUGACCUAUGCCUCUGUCAUCCUGAGGGAUUAUAAGCAAAGCUCAUCCACCCUGUAGAUGCUGCGAGAGAAAAGACAGGAUGGACUUCGGCAGCUGCCCUUUGGGAGGAUUUGAGGAGACAAGUCUCCCAAGACUGUUGGGAGAGUGAGCAGAGAACAAAGUCACAAGUGACAGGGCAAAAAUUUCUUCCUGUACUUAAAUACCUAAAAUGAAACAAAAAAA